AUGAGUCUGCGCCUGCCUCAUUUGGAAGACAGAUUCGCCAACAUCAUCAGAGCCUACGCCCCGUCGAUGACCAUCCCUGACGAGUUGAGGAACAAGUUCUACGAGGACCUGCACGCCCUCCUGGCGUCUAUGCCGAGGGUGAGCAAACUAGUUGUCUUUGGCGACUUCAACGCCCGCGUUGGGGACAGACUGAGCUGCCUGGAGGGGAGUGCUGCGUCCUCACGGGAUCGGCGGUUCCAACGACAAUGGUCUCCUUAUUCUGCGAACCUGCGCUAGGCACCACCACCUCCUGCAGACUAACACCUUUCGCCUGCUGAUGAGGAAGAAGGCCACCCCCGAUCGCGGCGCUGGCAGCUUCUGAACUAUGCUUCCAUCCGGCAGAACGGUAGGCAGGACGUAAUGGUGACGAAGACGAUUUGUGACGCCGGUGAAUGAACAGACCACCGCCUCGUUACCUCCGCCUGCGACUCCACAGGCGGCUACAAGGUAAGCGGCCACUUGGUAAGUUGAAUACUGUUCUGUUGAAUCUGCCUGCUCACCGCUUAUGCUUCAGUAAUCAACUGACCCAGCGCCUGGAAGGCCUGUAAGUUCCAGAUAAAAACGCCCCCAUGGGGACCCGACGGUGCCAACUGUGGGGCGCUGUUAAAUCGACCGAUCUGGGUGACCCCGGCCGCGCAUGUCGUCAGCACCAGGACUCACUUGACGACCACGCCGCCGCCGACAUAAACAACCUGCUCGCUGAAAAGAACAGACUACACAAAGCCUACAUCGACGGUCCAUUGCAAACAAAGCGACGUUCGCCUACCAAAAAACGGUAAGAUGUGGUUUGGUAGUCCCACCUGAUGAACACAAUACUGUUCGGGUUGGGGUUAUGGUUAGAAGUUAGGGUUAGCGGCUAUGGUUAGGGGUUAGGGUUUAGGAUUAGGGGUUGUAGUUAUGGCUUAGUGCAACUGUUUCUCACCCAUCCAAUGCACAACCGCGCAUUCCCAGUAGUUUUUCUUUUGCAUACAACUACUUGAACUCGUUACCUGCGCGUUCUCCGGCCCCAUCUGUAAAAACUGCCAUUACAACCGGUCUCGUAUUACGGGUGGCUGGAAUUUGCUUACAUCAUGUGGGGGUACCAAACCACACCCGACCCAAAAAACCCUUUUACAGGGAUGUCGCAACGGAUGCUUGCUGGCACUGAGGACGAAAACAACGCUACACAGACGUGUAAUGACAGAAAAAAGGCGUUUCGUUUUAGUGUGCCAAAAAUGCGACCUGUAAAGUAUUGUGGCACAGCUUUCAAUAACAAGUUAACGUCCCGCUGCAGUCCUGCGGUUAUUCUGUCCUUUCUAAAUCUACUCGUGAUAUACCGGUUUAUUUUUUACAUAGGUGACCAUGUUUCGUUCAUAGCGUCUUCUGUUUCAUUUCGGUGGGUAAUUUUUUUCCAUUCGGAUAUAUUCUUUGCUAUUCACGCUGUCUCACCUUUCCAACCAGUGCAUGCGCUACUCUUCGCUCUGAGUGUCAACGCACCAGUCAUCUACCCACUCAUCUGAUCUCUGACUGACAUCGGCACAUUAGGCUCAACGAUUCUACCAGCCACCCGAUAGCCGGCAUUCACACCUUCGACCUUCCAUCUGUGCGGCCUGGUGACAUGGCGUUGUGGCUGCGCGUUGUAGAGUCCCUUUUCGUCGUCCGCCAGAUUACAAGAGAGAAUGCGAAAUUUCACUGCGUUGCGGAAGCACUCCCAAGGUACAUCGCCACGGACCUUCACGAUAUCAUAGAUAACCCGCUGAUAGAAGCCCACUAAAGGAGGCUCUCAUCUCCCGCAUUGCCCUGUCAACCCAAAACUUCAGCAGCGUUUGAUUUCUGGGGAGCACCUUGGUGACAGAAAGCCUACAAAGCUUCUUAGGCGUUUGCAACAGCUGUCGGACGGACACAAUCUGGAUGCCACCAUGUUCAAGCAGCUUUUCCUCCAACGACUGCCCUCUUCUGUGCAAGUUAUCCUUGAGCCUAAAAGUCCUUCUUCGACUGUUCAGAUGCUCGCAGAGACUGCUGACCGUAUGCUCGAGUACAAGCAGCCUUCUGUUACGGCAAAUGUUGCUAGUCGUACCCCAGCCGUGUCAACUGCGCCUACAAUCGAGGAUGUCAUGAAACGUCUGGACGAUCUCACCACUUAA